GAGUCUAAUAAAAGCUUCUUCACAAAUGUGUAACACGGUUUCAAAGCAUAAAAAAAUGAUACCUGACUUCAACCCUUCAUUUGAGAGAUUCAUUUCAUUCUCACUCAUUUUAGAUCAUGAUUUUUAAAUACUACUAGUAUAUAUACUUGUGAUUGAAUAUAUAAUAUUAUUUACUUCUUAGCCUUUAAUUUCUCACCAUCACUUUAUACCUAGCUAGACUAGAUGGAACAUUAUGCUAUUCGCCUUCGUUGUUCACCCCUUCGUAGUCCUCCCUUGCAUCUUUCCUAUGGUUCCAAAAGAUAUGAAGAUGCAAGUGCUAGGGGAAGCAAAUUUCAUCUCAAAUUUAACCAUGCCACUCUUAAUUUCCCUCAAUUUUCCGCAAGCCACCAAUUUGCACGUUCAUUUGGGCAUGCAAAUUGCAUGAUUAACAACAGCUUCUCCGUGCCUAAUUCAAAGAAUAUUGAAGGAAGUGAGAACAAAAAUUUGAGAGGAAUGAGUGGAGUUUCUCUCGUUUUGGGUUGUAUUCUUGGAAUAAUCAACUUUAGUGGUAUGAUGAAUCCCAAAAUCAGUAUGGCUUUGCCUUUUGAUCCUACUAACAUAGGUAGAGGAGUGAAUACAUUUGAUUCACUGUGGAACACGAUUAAUGCUGAAGGAGUGGAGCUAAAUCCCAAGUUGGAUCCUAACGAGACUUUAGUUGAUAAAAAGAAGAUGCAUGCUCUUUAUCUAAGAAAUCGUGGGAAGAAACGUGAAGAAGUGGAAAUGGUGGAAAAGCUAAAAGACGAAUACACCAAAUCUAAGGAGGAUGAUCCAGCCAGAGAACCCUACUUGCGAAAGGCAGUGUUUGAACUUCUCUUGAUUCAGGGAAGAUUCGAUGAAGCAUGUAAGCUGCUUGACAGUGACAUUGAUACGCUGCUUGACGAUGAAAGUGAUAAAAACACGUACUCUAAGUUUUUUGGCGGCUCAACGAAAAGGGUAUAUAAUUACGAGGAAAAGAUUACCAAAUUGCUCAAUAGUUACAACAAUGAUGAGACACCAUUUCUUGAAAAACAAGCAAUAUCUGACAUUUUGCUCUACAAGGCCAUUGUACACACCAAGUUAAAAGAUAAGGAAGCACAUAAGGAAGCAGCUAAGUGGUGGGAAGCAUUUGCUAAAACACUAAACGAAUAGGCCCCUAUUUCCAACGGAGCAUCUAUAUGGUGUUAUUAUCAAGUUCAGCAGCAUAUUAUUCACCCCCUUUCCACUGAACACCUUCUCUAAAACUUGUUUAUGUUUUGUUUAAUGCUACUAUAUAUGCUAGCACUUAUUCUUAUGACCAAAUGGAAGAGUUUUAUUGAAUUUACGGCUCUUAUAAAUUACUCCGUCAAUCUCUUUUUUUAA